AACACGUAGCGUCCUUUGCUGACCCGCCAUCUUGUGUCGUGCAGUCGGUCGUAGUUGUGUUGGUCGUGCUAUUUGAAGAAAAUUCACAAUAAUGGCUGCUGCUAAAGUUGAUAUGGCGCUCGAUGAUAUAAUUAAAUCUAAGAAAGGCAUGAACCGUGGAAGGGGUCGUGGAGCCCGUGGUAAUUCACGUGGAGUUGCAAGAGGAGGCCAAGGCAGAGGAAAUUUCCGUGGUGUUCGUGGCGUUGGUCAACGAGGCGGAGGAUCAUUCCGUGCCCGUGGCAAUAUGCAGGGAUCAUUCCGUGGAAAUAUGUUACGUGGCCGUGGUGGUUUCAGAGGAAUGAGGGGAAUAAGCAAUGGAGCUUCCGUAGGAUUCAGGGGAGGCAUCAGGACAGGUGGUGCUUUCCAAGCUACUGCAGCUCCUGCAAAGCUCACAAUCACCAAUUUGGAAUAUGGCGUUUCUGAUUCGGAUAUUAGGGAGCUGUUCCAAGAGUUUGGUGUGAUCCGCAGCGCCGCAAUUCACUAUGACCGCACAGGAAGGUCUCUCGGCACAGCCCAUGUUGUAUUCUCUCGCUUCAGUGACGGCCUUAAAGCCAUGAAGCAAUACAAUGGUGUCCACCUUGACGGCCGCCCCAUGAAUAUAACAAUCGAUGACAGAAAUGCUCAGAAGGAUAUCUAUAACGCCUCUGCCCUCGCAUCUGCCACCUCUAAUUUUGCUGGCAAACCUGUGAAGCGCCUUGGUCGUGGUGCCCCACGAGGUGGCGGCGGUGCAAUGCGCGGAUCCCGUGGUGGGAAUUUCCGCGGCACCGGACGCGGCUCCUACCAAGGAGCGACGCGCGGUGCACGAGGCACUAUGAGAGGCAGAGGUCGUGGCCGCGGCGGCCGUGGCGGCGCCACUAAGACGCCCACUGUGGCUGAUCUCGAUGCCGAACUUGAUGCUUAUGCCAAUCAAGUCUCCAAGUAAAGAAAAGGAGAUUGCAAUGCGUACCUGAAGAAGCUCCGGGUUCUGCUUCGAUGUAUCUUACUCCUAGGAUUAGUCUCGUGCGUCUUGCUCUGCGUUUAGUAAUCUGGCUGCCUCAUACGAGCACCUCACUUAACGGUUCAUUGAUUACGAAUUCUCAAGUUCAGCGACUGAAGUUUUAUUUAUUUCAAUGUACAUUGCGGUAAUGCGAUGAGAAUUUUUGCUGCGGACGUAGAGCGGUUACUUGAGCAUCAUAGCCAAAGACCAUUGCUUCGACUGUCUUAAACGUUAAUAAUAAUACAGUAAUAAUUGGUGGACGA